AUGAUAUUAAGGCAAACAAGAAAGAUGCACAUCAAACCUAUUAAGAUGAGAUGGUUAACCGGCGGUGUCAAUUAUAGUUAUUUGCUCUCGACGCAAGAUGGAAGCAAGUCGUGGCUGAUAGAUCCCGCCGAAGCCGGAGAAGUGCUGGCAGAAUUAAACAAGAGCCAGCUGGCUAGUGUGGAGGCUAUUGUCAAUACACAUCACCACUACGACCACGCUGGUGGCAACGUGGCUAUGCUAGCAGCUUUGAAGAAGGAAGGUCAUUCCGUAGAGGUCAUCGCAGGCUCCAAGACCUCCCCAGCAGCAACCAAGAUACCGGAUCACUCGCAGCGUUUCAAAUUGGGAGAGCUGGAGAUCACCUGCAUCAGGACACCCUGUCAUACCCAGGAUUCCAUCUGCUACCACGUUAAGGAUGUUAGUACUAACGAACAGGCCAUCUUCACAGGGGACACUUUGUUUACGGCCGGAUGCGGGAGAUUCUUCGAAGGCACGGCAUCUGAGAUGGAUGCCGCUUUGAACGACCGGAUCCUGAAUGCUGUUCAGGAACCAAACUGGAGCAGCACUCGCGUUUUCCCCGGUCAUGAAUACACUAAGGGCAACGUCAACUUCAUUCGCAAAGCGAUUUACAGGCAUGUAGGAGAAAACAACGCUUUUGACGCCCUGGAGAAAUUCACCAACCAAUAUGAAAUUUCGACGGGCCACUUCACUUUGAGUGAUGAACUUCGCUUCAAUCCCUUCAUGAGGUUGGACGAUCCUAUCGUCAGAAAGAUGGUAGGCGAUGACAAGGGGAGCUGGUCCAGAUCCCAGGUGAUGAACCAGUUGAGGAAAAUGAAGAAUGCUUCAUAA